AUGCAGGUUGGAGGACUACGCUCGCGUGUGUCUGUUCUGGUUGCCAUUCAGCUUGUCUCACUUAUCGUGUAUCGGAUAUAUUUUCACCCAUUGUCCAAGAUCCCUGGGCCACUACUACCAAAGAUAACUGACUGGUACCCCGCCUGGUGUGUAUGGAGAGGUUCUUCCCAUACCGCACUUUGGGAAGGACAUCGGAGAUAUGGAAGUAUCGGUAGAUGUGGCCCUAAUUCAGUAUCCGUGUGCUCUCAGACGGGGCUGAUGGAAAUAUAUUCAACAAAGGCCAACGUGUGUAAGGAUGAGUCUUACGUGGUGAUGAGUGUCGGAAGCCAUGCGCCCAAUACAUUUAGCUUCAUAGACAAAAAGACACAUGCCUUCAGGCGGAAGAUUCUCUUCCAAGCUUUUACAGACAAUGCGCUGAAUGGGGUGCAGGAUCAAAUUCUGUCCCACAUAAGUGAGUUUUGUGCCAUGCUCAAUCCUCCUCCUUCCAACGGAGCAGGCCAAAGCUCUGUCUGGGGACCUAGUGUGGACAUCGCACCCUUAUGUGACUACCUUGCAUUUGAUGUCAUUAGCGACCUCAGCUAUGGUCGAAGCUUUGGCAUGCUAAAAAGCGAUAGAUAUCGCUAUGUACCGAAGUUAACCAGAAGGUUAGCUCGUCGAAAUGCAACGUGCAUGACCCAAUCAAAGCUGUGGCGCUAUAAGCUCGAUCGCUUAUUCUUCGCUGGCUUCUUAAAGGCCUUGAGGGAUUUUGGUCUUUGGAUUCGUCACCAGGGCAAGGAAAGGAUUCGUCUAGGGAAUAAUGGCCCUCGGAAAGAUUGCUUCCACUAUUUACUCAGUGGAUCAGAUCCCAAGACCGGUCAAGGAUUAACGGAGAGGGAAUUAAGAGUUGAAUUGUUGCUCUUAAUCGUUGCGGGGUCAGAUACCGUCGCCACCAGCCUGAGUGCGGUUCUCUUUAACCUCGCGCAUAACCAGCAAGCCCUGCAAAAGGCCACAGCGGAGAUUCGCUCAUGCUUCGAACGGGAGGAAGAUAUUCGCUUGGGCACUCGGUUGAAAUCGUGUAGCUAUCUACAUGCAUGCAUAUCAGAGUCCUUGCGCAUUUCACCCGCAGUCUCAAACAUGCCUCCUCGCCGUGUAUUACCUGGAGGCAUAACGGUAGACGGGUAUUAUAUACCAGAAGGAACUAUAAUCGGGACACCAAUCUAUGCCCUGCACCAUAAUGAGGAAUACUUUCCGAGACCAUUCAAAUAUGAGCCGGAACGCUGGUUAGAGAAUGAGGCCAAUGGCGAAAAUCCGUCCACGGAUGAUGGCCUCAAGCGAGCACGGGCGGCAUUUUGUCCCUUUAGUAUAGGGCCAAGAUCGUGCGUGGCUAAGAACCUGGCGUGGGCCGAGCUCACUCUUACACUCGCUCGUGUACUAUUCUCGUACGACGUCCGACUGCCGCCUGAUCAUUGUGAGGUUGAACCAGAUUGUUGCAGCUCGGUGCCUAGGGAUCAGAGUCCUGAGUAUAAGCUGCGCACAUGGAUUGUGUCCGCGAGAGAAGGUCCAUCGCUACAAUUUCGUCCUAGAAAUGUUAAGGUACCAUAG